UUGAGCAAUAUGGCGACGCACAGGGAAGUCAUGGCGUUUGUAGCUACUUGUCUGCUUUUCCUUAUUGCUACCGUCAGCUGUAAGAGGACGGUCACUACUCAAUUGAACUAUAUGUGUGAUGUCCCAGAAUGCAAGACUGGUGUCAAUGGCAGUUUUGCCAACCUUGUGUAUGUUCGGGCACAAGAAGAAAGUGAUGUCCUGCAUUAUGCUAUCAGCACAAUUCACAUACCAACAAUUCUUGUGAUUCACACACGAGGGGAUGCUAAUAGUAAACUGAAUGUGGAUUGGGAAAAACUAAUGGUUGAAGAUGAAUUUACUAAUGACUCUAUUUCUGUCAGUGAUCCAAAUACAGUUGUCUACAGUUAUGCUGUGGUUUUUACAAAGCUUCAUGAGUACAACGACACAGCCGAUGCGGCAGAUCUAAACGCCUACCCAGCGUGGAACAGCACAGAGCGGGUUGUGAGAGACUUUGAUAACUUUGAAUGGAUGGAAGCUUCUGCAGUCAAAGGAGAGAAAAAUGCUUUUGUUUUUAACUCAACUGUGUUGGUCAAUUCAACCAAUGACAUGUUUGGCCAUGAUGCACCUCAGAACUACACUCCAUCGCUAUCCUUUACUUUCCGAGUUUUUGACGAGCAGUCCCGUGAAUCAAGCCUCCCACAUCUCCUGUACAACGAGAACGUGACUCAGUUUGACUUUACCCUUGACAACUUCAUGCCCUCCUUCUCCAUGUCCAGGUUUGCAGUGGAGCUCGCCAUCAUCAGCCAAAGCAAGAAGGAAGACAUGUCUAUUGAGGAGACCAAGUCUAUCGAUGAUGAGUACACUCCAGGUGUAUUCAGAAUCACCAAUUUGAAGGCCAGACCUAAAGAUCAAGCCAAUGGAGCGUUUGUUCAGUGGAAGCCGGUGUGUUACCAGGACACCCCUCGAUCCCGUUCUGUGGCCACCAGUGUACAGAAGUAUGCACUUGGGGACAUCAAGAAUGUCACCUCACUGCUCAAGUCCAGUCUGGCCUAUGCUUACUUCAGUGAUGACCUGUUUUCCAUGAACAGCGCUACCACCAAUGUGUCAUUUGGACUGUCUAAGGAUGGUAGUUACACCAAGACAAACUAUACGUCAUGGACAGCCAGUGUAGGCAAUGGCAACCCACCUACUGACAAGGUCUCCCUCCUGGUCAUUGGGGUCAUCUCAGCUGGACUUGGCAUCCCAGUUAUCAUCAUUGUAUUCGGUGGCAUCUUCGUAUGCAUCAAAAAGCAGCGCAAGAAGAACUAUCGCCAUCUACAAGACGUCUCCUCCAGCUACCCACAGAAUGGCGUGCCUACCUAGAUGAAGAACAUCGCUCGGAGCAUCAACCCAGGGAUACAACCUGUUCCAGCUAACUUUCACCAGCAACUCCACCGCCUGUUGUCUGCAGUGAAAAGGUCCGAAUCUGGUCUUUCAUUUAAUAUAUGAAUAUUUUUAAAACUGUUAUAUAUUGUCAAAUUCUCAAUAUAUGUGUGCAUGUGCAAUAAUUAUUUAUUCAGGGAAUUAGGUUUACUUCAACGCAUUGUAUAUACGGUUAGUCUCAGGGAAAAUGAGUAAAGUUACGUAAUGUUUUCUUUUUUAAAUGAAAUUUUACAUAUGUAUUUCACUCAAAUGUGUAUGAGAUCGUAUGUGAUUAUAAUCUCAAUUUAUUCACUGUUGUUAGCUAAUUUGCCGUCUUCAUUUUGAACAUGAACCAUUGUAAAGUAGGGCUUCAAACAUUUUGUAGAUACUUGCUUUAACACAGAGAAUGCAUAGGUCACCCCGGAGAGUAGAGGACGAGUUCAUUUGGAGAAUAAUCUAGGAUGAAUUAAUAUAAUACUCAUCGAAAUGCCAAUCAUUCUUGUAGUAUAACAUAUAUUCAUGACACAUAGGUCUUCAUGGCAGCCGUUUAUCGAUGCAGUAUCUGUAUGGAUGAUAUCAAAAUGAUCAGCUGUGAUUUAAAGUAUUCUUUGUAUUCUACAAAUUUGUAAAUAAACAGUCAAGAAACA